AUGUCGUUCAAUAAGAAAUAUGCCGGUCUUCCUGAUCUAGACCCAUCCCCAGAUAUCUAUGAAACCCCCGACUUGACCGAUGAAGCAUCCACCUUGCCCACUACUACUAUCCGCACAGACUCCGACCAUGAUGACGCAGGCUCAAACUCCGAUAUCGACCGCGAGGGUGUCAACCCCGACCAGGCGCGUUUGCACUUCAUGGGCGCGGCCGUGGACGCCCGCGACGUCAAUUUCUCAGAUAGCAUCUCCAUGAAACGGCAGGCCUACCGGAGCAAGAGCAUCAGCCGCCGCCGUCGACGCAGACGCGAGGACGGGGUGGAGGAGGUUGGUGACCUGAGUGAUAGCGAGGACGAGUCGCUUGACCGGAGGCUUGCGCGGCUACGGAGAGAGGUCGAAGAUCUCAAGGUGGAAAUGACCAACAAAACCGACAGCCCAGAUGCUGAAGCUGAAAACCCAGGAGAGAACCUAGGUGAUGGCGUUGCGGAGCUAAGCCGCGCUCUGGAUAAUCUGCACGCCUCGCGAGGUGCAGCGAGCUCAUCGCACUCGGCUGCGGCUUUGCUGUCUCAGAAGCUUAGGCCUGAGACUCGCCCUGCUACAGACGUAAGGAGACAAUCCUCGGGGGAUACACCAAGGGCAGUGCAGGCGCCAACUGCCUCUUCGGCAGGGAUCCUCUCUCACGCAGCAGCAUUUGACAGCCGCCUAGCGCUUCUUGAAAGCUCCCUCGGUGUCUCCAGUACUUCCAAUCCAUUCAUCGCCGACGGCAUCAACGACUCAACGUCGCGAUCAGUCCUCCCAGCUCUGGACCAACUCACCUCCCGCCUGUCAGCACUCACCGGACUUCUCGUCGGCACAAGCCCAGCAGCCACGACACCAGGAGUGCCCAAUGCCGCGCCAGGAAUGACAACCCCACACCUGGAAGCUCUCUCCACGCGAGUGCGAAAGCUGACCACCGAUGCCGAGGCGCUCACCGCAGCCCGCAGAAAAGCCUUCGAGGCCGCAAAGGCCGUCCACAACGCCCGUCUAGCAACUUCCGACGCCGACGUCGUUCCCGCACUAGAAGCAUCGACCGACGACGACCAUGCCGCCAAGAUCCAAGCCCUCUACACCACCCUCCCAACCAUCCAGUCCCUGCACCCCCUGCUCCCGAGUGUCCUCGAGCGUCUGCGCUCUCUGCGCGCCUGCCACGCCGGCGCAGCCCAUGCCGCGGACUCGCUCAACGAGCUGGAAAAGCGCCAUGCCGAGAUGGCCUCGGAGAUCGAGCAGUGGCGUGAAGGUCUGACGACCGUCGAAGAGAAGAUGCAGCAGGGCGAAGCUGCUCUCCGCUCCAACGUGGAAACUGUCGAGCCAUGGGUGCGCGACUUGGAGUCUCGUCUGGCACGUCUGGAAGGUCCCGCGGCAGUCUAA